CGUCACUGUUUGGGUAAAUAGCAACAACUAGGAGUUUGCUGAAAUAGUUUAUAAAUUAUUCAAAAAAAACGUGAUGUGGAAAUACGACAAAGACAUCAUCUGAUUGUAUCUAAAAGAACUGCGGGAAGCUGAAUCUGGACUAGAAGUAUAAUCUGAAACAACUGCCAAAAAUGGCGAACUGUACAAUUGAUUUGGGUGAUUAUCUAUGCUCAGACAAAGGUCUUUUGUUACCCUUUGUGAGUGAGUAUACAUGGUCAAAGGGGGCACGAGCAACAAUUUAUGUCAUAGGACUACUUUGGUGCUUUUUCGGUAUCGCUAUUAUAGCUGAUAUCUUUAUGUGUGCUAUCGAGAGAAUCACGAGCAAGACACGCACAAUUAAAGUUGCUAGUCAGAAAGGAGGCGGAGAGUAUGAGGAGAUCGAAGUUAAAGUUUGGAAUGACACUGUCGCUAACCUCACCCUCAUGGCCCUUGGGUCCAGCGCUCCAGAGAUUCUGCUAUCAAUUAUAGGGAUCAUCAAAAAUAAUUUCUAUUCUGAAGAACUCGGUCCUGGAACAAUCGUUGGAUCGGCAGCAUUUAAUCUUUUGGUUAUCUCUGCUGUAUGUAUUACGACUAUCCCAUCACCCGAUGUCCGUACCAUCAAGUCAGUCAAGGUGUUUGCCGUAACUGCCUUCUUUAGUAUCUUUGCCUAUAUAUGGCUCUUGAUUAUUUUGAAAUUUAUUACGCCUAAUUACGUGGACCUUUGGGAGGCUAUCGUCACCCUUCUGAUGUUCCCGAUACUCGUCAUCUUGGCCUACGUCGCAGAUAAAGAUUUCUUCCGUUCUAGGAAAUCUGAUGCAGGUGUUGAGACUGGAGUAGGUUUAGAUCCACUCGUAGAUAAGGAUACAGACCAGGUUGGAUUAACUAAAGGCCAGGUUGAUAAAGAAAACAUGCGCAAGUUCUUAAAGGAGAUUGGCAAACAUCCAGACUUAACAGAUGAAGAUAUUGCAGCCCUCGCUGCAGCUAAAGUCACACAGAGCCAGUCACAUGACCGUGCAUGGUACAGAAUUAACGCAACCAGAGAAAUGACAGGAGGUCACAAGCUUAAGCCAACCAUGAAUGAACAUCUGAAAGAGCUUUAUGAAGAUGGUGCUUUGAAAGAUGAAGUUAUUGGGUCUGAAAUAAGUAUGUCUGGAAUGAGUGAUAUUCACCAUGAUGGCACCAAAGCCAUAAUUGAGUUCACAGCCACGACGUGUGCUAUAAUGGAGCGAGAUGAGAGAGUCAGGAUUUCAAUGAGGAGAUACGGAAAACUCAGUGAGAGAGUCAUCUUCAAGGUGGAGACAAUUGAUGGAACAGCCGAGGCCCAGAAAGAUUUCAUUCCCGUUAAACAGACACUUGUGUUUGAACCAAGUGAGACGUCAAAAUACAUCGAUAUUGAGAUUGUUGAUGAUAACAUCUGGGAACCCGAUGAGGUUUUCUUCGUCAAAAUGGCUGUUGAACCGGGUCAGAAUGCCAUGUUGGGCAAGAAACAAGUUGUACAAGUGACGAUUCUGAAUGACGAUGAUCCUGGCACCUUCAGUCUCUCAAGACCAAGUUACCUCUUCAAAGAAAGUGUCGGAAAAGCUUUGAUUCCCGUUGAGCGAGAAAACGGUGCUGAUGGACGUGUCGAGGUUACCUGGAAAACGGAAGACAUGUGUGCCAAAUCUGGUCAUGAUUACGAAGGAGGAGAGGGAACGUUGGUUUUCGAACAUGGAGAGACAACGAAAAUGAUUGAGAUUCAGAUAUAUGAUGACCAGGAAGCUGAGAAGGAUGAGAAUUUCAAACUUUCGCUCAUUGAGGUAUCACCAGGUUGUAAGAUGGGACGUAUACAGAGAACUAUUGUUACGAUUGUCAAUGAUGACGAAUUCCAAGGUGUCGUCAGCCGUUUGGUAGCUAAGACAAACUUGAAUCUUGACUCACUGAAAGUCGACACAACUACAUGGGGUGAACAGUUCCGUAAUGCAAUGAACGUCAAUGGCGGAGAUGUCGAGAAUGCGACACAUCUUGAUUACUUCAUGCACUUUCUCACAUUUGGAUGGAAGAUUAUAUUUGCAAUCGUACCUCCACCAUCUAUCGCUGGUGGUUACUUAGCAUUCUUCAUCUCCUUGGCAAUGAUUGGAUUAUUGACGGCAGUAGUCGGAGAUCUCGCUAGUAUCUUUGGUUGUCUAGUUGGUCUAGAGGACCCCGUCACAGCCAUCACUUUCGUUGCUCUUGGAACUAGUUUACCUGAUCUAUUCGCCAGUAAGACUGCAUCGAUUCAGGAAAAACAUGCAGAUUUUGGCAUUGGUAACAUUACAGGAAGUAAUUCUGUUAAUGUUUUCCUUGGGCUUGGGUUGCCAUGGACUAUAGCAGCCAUCUAUUGGACGGCUCAGGGCAAAACCUUCAAAGUAGAUGCCGGAUCAUUGGGUUUCAGCGUAACUGUGUUCACCUGCUGUGCCGUGGUCUGUCUAGGAAUGAUCAUAUUGCGUAGAUUUGUUCCUGUAUUCGGAAAAGCAGAGUUGGGUGGACCUUUUGGACCAAAAAUUGCAUCUGGCAUAUUUCUAUGUUCACUUUGGCUUUUGUAUAUUGUCCUAGCGACAUUACAAACAUAUAAAAUCAUCACUUCACCAUUUUAAUGGACACAUUAUUGUGUCAUUUCAUUGGCACAUUAUGUCGACAUUUCAAUGGACACAAUACAAAUAUGAAAUAGCAUCACUGGACCAUAUCUGACACAAUAUUUACUGAUGAACACAAAACAUAGGACCAUACUAUGGGAUACAUUACACAAUACUAAGGACCAUACUAAUGGACACAUUACACAAUACAUAGGACCAUACGUGGUGAGGAUAAGAAGAAAUGUUCGGGAUAAGAAACAGAAGGUUGAGAUGAGAAACAAUUCGUUGAAAUACGAAACAAACUGUUGAGAUAUGAAACAAACGGUUUGAGAUAAGAAUAUGAAACAAAUGGUUGAGAUACGAAAAAACGGUUGAGAUGAGAAACAAUUGGUUGAGAUACGAAACAAAUGGUU